GUUGUUUUUUUUCACUUGCGCCGCAUUCCGCACGCUCAGCUGGGAGGAAGACGGGACGGAGAGUGCGCAAGAAUGAGGGGCUUUGAGAGCGAGAAGCAGGGAUAGCUGCAACAAGAGAAGUGUGACGAGUGGUACAGACGUAUGCGAGCACGGUGAAUGGAUAGGACACGGCAGGAGACGGUGCGGCAGGCGGAGUGGCGAAGGGUGGCGGCACCACGCACGUGUGGCGGAACGUUCUUUGGCAACGUUUGCUUUUUCGUUCGGAAUGAGCAAGAGUCGGCAAGACUUGACUCAAGCAGUCGGGGUGCGACAGGGAAAGGGACGGGAGAAGGUGACGACGGGGAGGGGUGGAGGUGGUGGUAGGAGGAAAGAGCAAGUGUGGUUUGGGUCGGGGUUCUACACCUCUGUGCGGGCUGGAGGAGACGACACAACAUGUUCUACGGCUGAGCGAAAAAAAAAAAAACAAGUGGCCCAAAGUCACCAAGAGCGCAAGCGCAAAGGCAUAGGCAACAGCACGCGCAAGGAACGCACAACGGCAUGCGCAACAGUAUGCGCAUCAGCACGCACAUCAGCACGCGCAUCAGCACAACGACAGGCUGCGUCGCCCGGCUGAACGACAGGAAAAGCCAACGCGACAAACAAGAAAGAAAAAGGGCGAUGCACCCACACCGAGUCGUAGCGACCAUGACCACGGCAACGACAUCAGACUGCAUGCUCUCUGCUGGGAGGCAACAACAGCACCGAGCAGAAAAACAAAAGUAACCAGAUGAUGAUGCGGAAGAACCGCAAGGCGCCAGCCGACACAACAAGGAACGAUCAACCACAAGCUGCUGCAGCGGCAAAGCCGCAUGUGGCCAACGACAACAGCAAGGAAAAGUACAACAAAAAGCCGAUGCAGCGGCAGGACCGCACAUCGCAUGCUCUGAGCCUGUGCAACGCCUUGACUGAGCAUGCGAGGCAUUUGCCCCGUGAUGGCACAACGGAACCGAGCGCCCGAGGGAGACGGCGCUGCUCGCGAUAGCGCCUCCGCGCGCUCGCCCUCGCACCCGCACGCUGCAGGUGCUUGAGGUCGAGGCGGGAGGGCGGCACCGAGCUGGCACCGAUGCGAUCACAGCUUGGCCAGCACCCCGAGGCGGAGAGAGAGAAUCUGCUAGCAGGUGUGCGGCCGGGAGGGUGGCGAAUGAAGGUCUUCUUGCGUCAAAAGGGAUGGUUUAACGCGAGGUUUCCGGUUCCCUCUCGUCACAGCGUCGCUUGCGACGGAGCGGCGAGAGGUGGGCGCCGCCAACGGCGCACACCUCCACAGAUCGCAGAUUCCAGAGAGUCUCCUCCGCAGCGACACCCGUGAUCGGGCCAUCGUCUGUGUACAAAGCAAGAGAGGUGUCAAGCGGUAGGGAGGGGGGGGGCUUGCGUCGAGUCAGAAGUCUGUGACGCGGCCCUUGAACGACCAGUCGUUGAAGCGGGUGGGCUCGGGGCCCGCCGGGCCGCCAACCUCACCGGUCUCGGUAUUGACCUGGGAGCGCGACUCGCCCGGGGCAGCAUGGGAGGAGGAGUAGAGCGGCGGCGGAGGGGUUUCAUCAGCCCAGUCCUCGACGUCAUCGUCGUCAUCGUCGAGGAAGGCGGACGCGUCAUCGAGCGAGUCGACCGGCGCGUGGUCGUCGUCGUCAGCACGGGCCGCAGAGAGGGUGAGCGAGCGGUUCGAGAACGGCAUGGCAGCAGAGGUGACACGGGUGACGCGGGCAAGGAGGGCGGCGCGUAGCAUUGGAAAGGGUGAACGAGGUGAUGACAGUGAGGUGUCAAGAGGUACGCUAGGUUGAAGAAGAGCUGAGCGCUGGCUACCGUUGAGUGUGCAGAGAGUGAGGGUCUCGAGAGAGGCAAAAAAGAAGAUCCUUC